AUGUCUCGCCCUCCCACCACCCACAAAUGGGACGCAGAGUCUCAUCGUGGCCUCCUCCGCGCCAUGAUCGAGGUAGCCAAGCCAAACAAAGGCUUCAUCACCCAGCUAGCCACGCACAUGCAGUCGCAGGGCUUCCACACCACCUACAGCGGCAUCAAUCAGCACAUCCAGAAACUCCGUCGCGGCCAGGACUCUCCCCAGAAGGCGGCCAAGAGCGCCGCUUCUACGCCUACCAAGGCCACUCCCACGAAGCGCAAGGCUCGUGCCCCAAAGACCGCAACACCGGCCAAGUCCCCUGCCAUUGUGGAGGACUCGGAUGACGAUGACGAGAUCUAUAUCAAGCAGGACUAUGACGAGGAUGAUGGGCCUGAUGUCAAGCGCCCCAAGGUGGAAGCUAAGGCAGAGAACACUGAUGACGGUGAGAUGUAA